ACCUACCACUCUGAAAAUGUAAAGUUUUGCAGAGGAGUUGGAUCAUGCAGCAAGGCAGCUCUGCUAUUUUUUACAUUUAUUUUUGGUGAAUUAUCUGGUUAAAUGACAGUGCUUGUCGUCCCAUGUGCAAAUGUUCCAUCAUGGUCACUAUUCUGAGGGGAACAACACAAGGGUUAAAGAGAUGUGAUUCAGUGUCCCACGCUUCACUGCGUUUCAUGUCCAAUGCAAAAUCUCUCUCUCGCCACUCUGUGAUUUGGUUGGCUGGACAUCACGAAGCAUAGACAACAAAACUGGAAUAUGUUCAUCUAUAAAGCUCUGCUGGGCAAACUCCCAGAAUACCUCAGUGUCCGUCUCACUUUCAGUUCUAGUAGUUACCAUCUGUGCACCUCCAAGCGGUUGCUUUUGAAUGUUCCCUGGACUCUAACAGACUUUGGCCAAACAGCGUUCUCCCAUCAUGCACCACAGUCAUGGAGUAAUCUUCAAAAAACUCUUAAACUAGAAACAUUCAUGUGCAUCAAUGAGUUCAAGAAUAUCAUAAAGGGCACCCAGAGAGUUCAUCUGGUUGAGCAGGUGACCCAUAAAAGGCUAUAGCCCCUGAUGCAGAGGCCCGGGUUCGAUUCCGGCUCACGGCUCUUUGCUGCAGGUCUUCCCCCCAUUCUUCUCCCUACUUUCCUGUCCGUCUCUCUAGUAACCUGUCAAAUAAAGACAAAUGUCCAAAAAAAUUACUUAAAAAAAGAAUAUUAUAAAGAAUACAGUAAAGGAGGAAUGCCAGUGUUUUUCUUAACCCUUUGAUGCACAACAUGGAUCAAGAGAGACCCAUUUUCCAUUAAAUAUGGGUCACUUUUGACCCAUGUUGUGCAUCAAAGGGUUAAGAGGUCACUUUCCUUGAACAGCUGUCAAUCUGUUUUUUGUUUUUAUUUUUUAUCUUUAUUUUAACUUUUAAAAUUUUGUGUGACUGCUGCCUUGGCCUGGUCUCUCUUGUAAGAGAUCUCUAAUCUCAGUGGGACUUCCUGGUUAAAUAAAGGUAAAUAAAUAAAAACAUGGUUCAGAAUGAAUGCUAAUGUUUCUCUGUGCCUACUGGAUGUGUAAAUGAACUGUUUUCUAACUUUUUCAUCAUAGCAGCUUAUAAGGUGUCGACAUGGUGGUGUUGCUUAGAGCCUCAAAUGGCCACAGAAUCAAUUGAGACAGUUUUACGUUAGCAAAAGUUUCAACUGAUAUAAUUUGGAAAGAAAAAAUUAAUUUUGUUCCCACACUAUGCAACGACUCAUGUUUGAGAAAUAUUCCCUGACCAGGAAUGAAACCUUAAGCACAUAAGUAUCAGAGACUUUAGCAGCAUUUUGGCUAAGAUGACAACAUUGAGUAAGCUUGUGUUGGUGCCAGCAUGAGGAGAACAGUAGUAACUGCUGGUUCAGUCUGCAUGAUCGGAAAAGUAGCAUUAUUCUUGGUACUGGGCGGAUUAUUAAUGGCAAUGGUGGUGGGCCUGUUUGGAUCCUUCACAAGGCUGAAAAUAGUGGUAUUAUUUUACAGGAUCCCAGACAUGCAGCGCUCCAGAACUGAAAGCCUUCAGACAAAUGAGCCCAUCUUUCCAACGCGUCUGGGAAACCAUGUGGGGAAAGAAAUGGACGGGGAGGAGACUACACAGAGACUGGCAUGCGUCAUCUCCAUCCCCGAUUGUUGGGUGAAAAAGUGGGCAGUUCAGGAUUUCAUAUCUGGCGUCACUUUCUCCCAACUCCCUCCUUUCUCCUCCGAGCCUCCGAGUCGGUCGGCAGCUUCCCCCCUUUUCACCUGCCCGUGUAGAGCAUCCAGAGCCGGACAGGACAGGACAGGACAGGACAGGACAGGACAGGACAGGACAGGACAGGACAGACGCACUGCAGCAAGAAGCCGAGAGGAAGCUGACGGAAAACAGAGUUCCAGCCAAGAAGUGUGUCCAUCCUGCAUCAGCUGGAAAUGCUGCUCAGAAGAGCCCGACAUGUCCAGAUUCUUCCACUUCUUUGCAGUCUCACUCUGGCUUUUCCCACACAAACUCCAUCUUCAUAUGAUGAGGUGCGGCAGCUCCAGGUGAACAUCCCCCACUCAGGUGUGGUUUCUGCCCCACUGGGCAGCUCCAUCUCCAUCCCCUGCCUGGUGUCUCUGUCCUCCACCUCUUCCUCCUCCUCCUCCCCUCCCGCGGUCCCUCGGGUCAAGUGGACGGUGGUGUCCGGCGGGGUGGAGACGCAGAUCCUGGUGGCUCGAGGUCAGAGGGUGAAGGUCAACGAACUGUACCGAGAUCGUGCGGCGCUGCUCAACUACACGUCGACCCCCGACGACCUGUCGCUGUGGCUGGGAGAUCUGCGCUCCAGCGACUCGGGUCACUAUCGCUGCGAGGUGCAGCAGGGCCUGGAGGACGCCAGCGACCUCGCACAGCUCAGAGUCAAAGGUGUGGUGUUCCACUACAGAGACGCUCUGGGUCGAUACGCCUUCUCCUUCCAUCAGGCCCGGACAGCUUGUGAAGCCAUCGGGGCUCGAAUCGCAACUCCUGACCAGCUGCUGGCGUCUUAUUAUGACGGAUACGAACAGUGUGACGCAGGCUGGCUGGCAGAUCAGUCCGUCAGGUAUCCAAUCCAGGUACCCCGUGAAGGUUGCUAUGGAGACAUGGACGGGCAGCCAGGAGUGAGAAACUACGGGACGAUGGAUCCAGAUGAUCUGUUUGAUGUUUACUGUUAUGUGGAACAAAUUGAUGGGGAGGUGUUCCAUGACUCCAUCCCACUGCAGAUAUCGUUCAGUGAAGCUCAGUUGUACUGCAGAGCUGCAGGAGCAGAACUGGCUACAACAGCUCAGCUGUACUUGGCCUGGAGUGAAGGACUGGACCGAUGCAGUCCCGGAUGGCUGUCUGACGGCAGCGUGCGCUACCCCAUAAUAACCCCUAGAGAGCGCUGUGGAGGGGUCCAGGCCGGCGUGAAAACCAUCUACCGCUUCAGCAACCAAACGGGUUUCCCAGAACCGACCAGCCUGCACGACGUUUACUGUUUCAAAGAAAACAGAAAUGCUUCUACUGACUCACCAAUGGACUACAUGGCCACAGAAGCGGAAGACAUCAGACAAAAUGUUGUUAUUCUGCUGGAAAAAGAUCAGGAACUUCAAAUGAACCAACAAACAGAACACGUGGAGCGAGAGGCCCAGAGUGUGCUCGAAUCGUUGCCCUUUUUCUCUGUUCCUUCGUCUACUGAAGAAAACCUCGUCGACACUCAUCCAACAGUCAUAUCAGACACGACAGAGUCUCCCCUCAACACCACGUCUAUGCUGGACGUCCUUCAGCCAUCAGGUGGAACUUCAUCUCCCACAGAAGUGAGCCACGACUCAACUCUGAUGAACGGCACGAUCAGCAGCACAGACGUGACGGAUCCCCACCAGAACACGAGCUUCACCUUCCAUCAGUUAGAGCUUGAAGAAACCACAGCGGAACCUCAGACACAGAACCAGACAGUUCAAGACCCCAGCGAAGACGAGAAAAUGCUGCAAGCGGAGGAGCUGAAAGAGAUGCAAGAGGCCGAGUUUAAUUUGAACGCAUCACAAGCUAAUUACAGCGAGACGGAGAGCAACUACACUCAGGAGGAGAGUUUCUGGGAGGUGACCUCUGACGCCGUGGUGCAGGUGAAGCUGGAGCAGGCAGCAGCAGAAGACGAUGUGCAGAUAACACUCCUCACAACUCAGGCUUCAAUAGAAGAAGGAGCUCUUCUCACACAACCAGCCCAAACUGACCAAUCUACCAUCGAUGCAGUCACCUCACUGUGGGCCCACAUGGAUGGAUCAGGAGAUAUGCUUCAAGAGAGCGACCUUGAUGUGGCAGCAGUCAGCGUCAUGUCUACAACAGAUUCUUCUACCUCCAGCUUCACCACUCACCCAUCUCCUUCUGCUUCAGCUAGCAGCGCUUCUUCUGAACCUCGGACCACAUCUCCAGAUCCAACCCUCUCAACUGGGCCUCACCAUUCUGAAAAACUGGGCAUUGAUAUCUUUUCCACAGCGUCACAGCUGUGGGAGUCCAUUUCUAGACAAGAGGGAAGCACAAGCUUAGAAGCUGAAGACACAUUCACCAUGGAAAGUGAGGAAAAACAGCUGCACACAACGUCCGCAGACCAGCUAGUUUCUGGAGUAAGUUUAGCAACAACUGAGUCUCCGGAGGUCUUGAAUGCCUCUCGUUCACCUUCUGCCACAGCAGGAUAUCAUACGGCAGAUUACAGAGUGUAUUUGGAUUCUGUGACCACCGUUUACGAAGAGGCAAGUGGGCAUGAACCUGGUACAGUUACUAGCACCCUUCGAGAAGAUAUUAAAUUUGAACUGAAUGUGGAAGAAGAGAUCAAAGUUUCCCCAACUGUUGAGGGGGAAGCCAAUGGUUCCUUUACAAUGGAAGAAGGAGUCAAAGUUUCCCCAACUCUUGUCCUUGAAGAAGAGGGAAAUGUUUCUUCAACACUUGAAGAGGAAGUUCUUUCCCCAUCAGUUUCCCUUGAAGGAGAAGUUAAUGUUGCUCAAACAGUUGAGGAUGAACAUAAUGUUGCCCCAACCACUGAAGAUGAAGUUAACGUUCGCCCAAACCUCGAAAAGGAAAAUAAUGUUGCCUCAACACUUGAGGAAGAAGAUAAUGUUCCUCCAACCCUUGAGGAAGAAGACAAUGUUCCUCCAACCCUUGAGGAAGAAGACAAUGUUCCUCCAACCCUUGAGGAAGAAGACAAUGUUCCUCCACCCCUUGAGGAAGAAGACAAUGUUCCUCCAACCCGUGAGGAAGAAGAUAAUGUUCCUCCAACCCUUGAGGAAGAAGACAAUGUUGUCCCAACCCUUGAGGAAGAAGAUAACAUUGCUCCAACCCUUGAGGAAGAAGCCAACAUUUCCGCGACUCUUGAGAAAGAAGCAAAUGUUCCUCCAGCUCUUGAGGCCUUCACCAUCUCACCUCUGAACUCUCAAACGUCUCAGUGGGCUAUGCUGUCCACCACAGCUGGACCCCAAGAAUCUCUGAAUGAGCUCGAGUACAGCCAUGAAACGUCCUCCACAGCAGCUUCAGAUCCGUCCCAGAGAACCAAAUCAACCGCCGCCACCGUAAAGACGACCACCACCGCCACAUCCACCACCACACACUGGUCCAGACGCACCUGGAGCCCGGCCACCACCACACCCAGAGUCCUCCAUGAGAUCCCACUGGUGGAUCACGAUCUGCUGGAUGUUGAGAUGAGUCUCACCCAGCCGCCCACCCUGCUCAUCUUGCCCAACGAGAGGGCAGCUGUGGGCGGUGCAGGGAAAGCUUCAGAUCCCUGUGAGGACGACCCCUGUCUUAAUGGAGGCACCUGCACUGACCGAGGAGGGCAGAUUAAAUGUCUUUGUUUGCCAACAUAUGGAGGAGAUUUCUGUCAGAGAGACCUGGAGCAAUGUGAACCAGGCUGGGACAAGUUUCACGGUUUCUGCUAUCGACACUUCAGCCAGCGUCUGAGCUGGGAGGUUGCAGAGCAGCACUGUCGCAUGAUGGGAGCUCAUCUGGUGUCCAUCAUGACCCCCGAAGAACAGAAUUACAUCAACAGCAACUACAAAGAAUACCAGUGGACGGGUCUGAAUGAUAAAACCAUUGAGGACGAUUUCCAGUGGUCUGAUGGCAACCCACUGCUAUAUGAGAACUGGUACAGAGGGCAGCCAGACAGCUACUUCCUCUCCGGAGAAGACUGUGUGGUGAUGGUUUGGCAUGAUGACGGACGCUGGAGUGAUGUUCCCUGCAACUAUCACCUCGCAUACACCUGCAAGAAGGGCACCACCUUCUGUGGUCCACCACCAAAGAUCCGAAAUGCCUCCAUAUUCGGAAAAACUCGACAGAGAUAUGAGACCAAUGCGGUCGUGCGUUAUCACUGUGCAGAUGGUUUCCAGCAAAGACUAAACCCUCUGAUCAGGUGUCUCUCAGGAGGCAUUUGGGAGAGGCCCCAGAUCCUGUGCUUCCCUGAGGCUGGAGGACCAACGCAGCACCCUGAAGUGACGUCGCCAACCGAUGGCAACUUUGCAGCAGCUGAAGACGACUUCGAGGCCACUAAAGAGACGCCACAGUACUGGGACAUCAAGUUUUAAAUGUCAGCCAUGCUUGUCUUGUCUUGUUUUCUUCAACUCUAUUACUGUAACACAACACGGUGUAAAAAUAAAUCCAGUGCUUUUACCAAUGAACGCUCAAACAGGACAAAAUCAACCACAGAAGCAUAAAGACACAAACUGAAGCUUCCUAUCGGUCAAUCAGAAUGAGACUGAGCGCACAAACGGGGAGUCAAACAUUCCUAUUUCUUGUCCUUUUUUAAAUAUUUUCUACUGUUUUUGGUUUUAAAUGUUUAAUGCAGUGAGUGAUAAAACGUAGCUGAUUAAAGAAAGAACUGUGCGAACUCUAAAUCUACAUUAAUAACAGUUCUCUUUGUGGUUUUUGUCACAUCAAGAACCUUUUAACAAAAUGGUGCUAAAGUCUUCAAGACACUCUCAAAGUAUCCAGUAGAAAUGUCUGUUUUUAUUGUGACACGUUUUGUCAAAGAAUCCUACAACUCCAAAGUCAACCGUAAAGCAACAGUCAGUCGGUACUGUACAUGUUUUCACUCCUGUGAUUGCUGUCCACAUUUUUCUGAGAGGAACCUUUGUUUUCCGGCAGACACAGUUUUGUUCGUCAGCUUUAUGUUGUAAUAAAGUUUUGUAGAACAGAGCAAAGAAUAAAUCAUUCUCUUGUUUUACCCUUA